UUUAAAAACAUAAAAUCAGCCGAGAAUAUGGAGGAAUACGUAGAGAGUAAACGUUGAUAUGAACUAAGCUGAAUAAGGAGGAAAUGGUAUGCCAAGAACCAGCAUGCAAACCUUAUCAACGCCGGCUACGGUGGACCAAACAGCCACUUUGAGCUUCUAAGGUCCAUCUUCCAACAUCGUCCAGCAUCAUCCUCCGCAACGACUCCAACAAGAGAACCCUUCGCAAACAACAUUCCCGCCCUAAAAGCAAAAUACAAACAAGCAGAGAAAUCCCUAUUCCGCUUCGGAUCUUCUACACUGUAUUUUACGUGCUCUCCAACUUUAAACAGCACCAGUCUCCCCCGCCCUUCUGCCUGCCAUGCAGGCCGACAAGAUCCCCGACUUCCUCGCAGAGCAGCGGGAAGAAGCUCUCAGCGAAUCCCAUGAAUCCUUUCUAGCAUUCGAAGACUUCUGGGAGCGGAAACUAUGGCACCAGCUCACGAAUGCCCUGAUAGAAUUCUUCUGUCUCCCGGAAAGCGCUCCGCAGAGAUUAGCCAUCUUCAAGAACUUCAUCCUCAGUUUUGCAGACAAGAUCAACCAGCUGAAGUUUGUCACACUGGGGUUGAUGGCAUCGACACAAUGUGAAGACGACCGAGAACGCCUCACAUUCCUCACAUCACUUGCCGAGAGGGUUAACAAACCUGCAGCACAAGAUGCAUAUGUUUACGCUAUGGCGGAUGUGGCCAGUGUGAAGCUGCGACUAAAGGAUUUUGAGGGAGCGCGGAAGGAUUUGGACGCCUCUGAGCGGGUGUUAGAUUCUUUUGACUCUGUCGAGACAGUUGUCCAUGCCGCAUUCUACAAAGUAAAUGCGGAUUACUACCAUGCCAAACUAGAAUUCGCUUCCUACUAUAAAAACGCCCUCCUCUACCUUGCAUGUGUGGACGUCAAAGACCUGACGCAAGAAGACUGCGCCGCCAGAGCAUACGAUCUGAGCAUAGCCGCCCUCGUCUCCGACUCCAUCUACAACUUUGGCGAACUCCUCCUCCACCCCGUCCUCGACUCUCUCAAAGACACACAACAUGCCUGGCUCCGCGACCUGCUUUUCGCAUUUAACCGCGGCGACCUAGCCGCCUAUGAUGUCCUCGCAGGGAACAUCAGCAAAAAUCAGCUCCUGGAGCAACACAAGAUUUUCCUGUACCAGAAGAUCUCGCUGGCCGCACUGACGGAGACUGUGUUCCGACGACCCCCGCAUGACCGCACAAUGACAUUCACUGCGAUUUCGGAAGAGACUAAAGUGCAGCCUAAUGAGAUCGAGCAUCUUAUUAUGAAGGCGCUUAGCCUUGGUCUGCUCAAGGGGACCAUCGACCAGGUUGCGCAGAUCGCACGUAUUAGUUGGGUGCAGCCCAAGGUUCUGGACAUGGGGCAGAUCGAAGGGAUGAGGAAUCGGCUGCGCGACUGGGAUUCUGGGGUUAAUCAGCUGGGUCAUUGGAUUGAAGGGGUUGGGAAGGAUGUUUGGGCUACAUAGAUAUCCCAUUUUUCUUUCCCCCUCUUCAUGACCAUUCUUCCCACGGUUCUUUUAUUUAUUUAUUCAGAGAUCAUAGUGCUACACGUUCGCCGGGGAAUUUUAUUUACCUAGCCGCCCCGUGUACGAUUAUAAAAAUCUGUCUGAUAAAUCCUUAUUGUGAGAGCUUCUGCGUUAUGACUAGUGAUAGAUGGUAUCAAUUCUUGCGAGAACCCCGAAGAGGAUAGAUGCGUAUGCGCGUAACAAAAGGGACGUAUAUAUGUAUCUGCCCCGGAAUUAGGCACGGCGACGGACAGGAAAAUUGCGAAAUUUAGAACAAUGGGUCUUGCCGUUACUUCCACUAGAACUGACAUACCUCCUACUAUAGAGUAUAUCGAUAGCAUGUUGUACAAAUAAAAUAUCAAAAAUAAAAUACUCAAGGGCCUACUACCACUUUCAGUUUCAUAUCAAAUAUAAACAGAACACAGCCACUAUGCCAUUCUACUUCAGAAAAGCGACGAAGCAAGUAAUAAGCACCCACACUGCCAAGCAGGCCACCAUAUACACCAGACGACCACCUGAGUCCAAACUCCCCAUACGUCCCACCCGAAAGCAGCCUCAGUCAGCAACGUCGUUACCGGAAUCUGCCAAUAGUAGCACACAGCCAACAGGACCGCGGUUGGGGAAAGUAGAUUCAUGAAGAUGAGGCCUGACGCUGCUAGGAGGAUAGUCGUCACUGACGUUGGCCCUGACGCUGGCUGUGUUUCCCUUUUCCUGGCCUUGUCCGUAGAUGCUGAUUGAGAAGCUGCGGUUGCGAUGUUUUGGGUAGGUUGUUUUGGGAUAUGCGCGAUGUAGGACAGGGGUGUGCAUAGGAGGCCGAUCAUUAGGGAUAAGGAGAAGUUUAGGGUUGCGAGAGCGGAGAGGAAAAGGCCGAGGAGGAGGAGGGAGAAGGAUUUUAUGAGCAUGUAUUGCUGUAGUGAUGGGCGGGAGCAGCGGGCUAGGAUUGCGGCGAGAAUUAUUGGCAGUAUGGUGUUUAUGAAGGCAAGUAGGUAGACUGCUUGUUCGAAGUACUGUGUGCGUAAGAAUGGGUUAGAGUCAAGGCCUUAUUUCUCAUGGGAUAGGUUUGCGAUGCGGAAUCCAAAAUUCACCUGAUGGGUCAUAUUGUUAAACGCAUAGAGCGGGACAACACCUAGGAGGUGCAGUCCAAAUACCAGCGCCAGCGGCAAUGCCAUAUGUCGUUCCAGAAUGCCAUUGCUUUCCUGCUCAGGGGCGAUGGUAUUUACCCCUUCAUUUGAUUCUUCUUUCUCGGAACCAUACUGCUCCGCGAUUGCGAAUGCGCUUGUGUCUGUGGAAGCACGGACUCCACUUUUCAUCCAUAGAGCAAUA